GUUAGACGGUGUUACCUCGCAGCAAACGCCUCUUCUUCUGCUCCUUCGUGCAUAUCGCCGCGGAUUCGUUCGUAUACAUUCCUUUAAAUGACGUGACGGAAAAACGGAGAAGAAAGAACGAUGGAUUUCUCUAGACGGGACGACAGAACCUGCCGUUCCGAUGAUUCUAACGGUGAAAUCUUUAAGAAUGUUCCGAGGAACAGCAGUACGUUUCGCAUUUGGAAAAUCGAGGGUUUACGAGUUACAGCCGUUACAGGAAGUAAUAUGGGACAUUUCCUCUCGGAGUUGGCAUACAUUAUCUACGCGGUGUCACCGAAAGACGGUCCACUACCUUAUCCUGGAAUGCCGGUUAAGGAGAUAAAAUCGACUGCGAUAGUUCGUGUAAUUCAUUUCUGGAUUGGAUCUGCGUGCGAUUCAACAAUCUCUGGGGCAGCAGCCCUUCGAGCGGCCGAAUUAGAUUCGCAAAUAUCUGCCACGAUUCUAUCAAGGGAGGCCCAAGGACGAGAAAGUCCUAGAUUUUUAGCCUAUUUCCGCCAACAUCUUGUUAUUGAAAAUUUCCACUUUGAAACACCAUCAUGCAAAUUGCACAGAGUAACUGGCGUAGCAAUCCCUGUCUUGACGGAACUUGAAAAAGUUCAUUGGGAUCAUUUCAGUUCACGGGAUGUUAUUCUUGUGGACGUUCUAUCACAGGCUAUCGUAUUCCUUUGGUUGGGAUCAUCAGCAGAUCCAUUGCACAAACGACACGCUACCAGUAUCUUGGAAGUGAGAAAAGAAAAUAACAAUGGUCGUAUCAUCAUCAUCGAUGAUGGUUAUGAACAGACACUACCAGAGGGAGAUAGACAACUGUUCGCCAGCAUUUUAAACCCUUCCACAAGAGUGGUCAAGCCGGAUCGCCUUUACCGAGUCAAUAUGCCAAGCCCAGUCAAACUGUAUAGAUGUAACGAACAAUCCGGUAAAUAUAAGGUUGCUGAACUGAAAUCUGGACCGAUUCUCCGAGCUGAUCUCACAUCCGAAGCCGUUUACUUAAUCGACCGUGGUGAGGCUGGUGUUUGGGCUUGGGUCGGACGUAAUGUGAACGCCCGAGAAAAAUUGGAAGCGAUUCGUAACGCACGAGGAUUUGUAAAAAAGAAGAAUUAUAGUAAUGAUGUAUUAGUGGAAAGAGCGCUGGAAGCUUGUGAACCAACGGAAAUGAAGGCUCUUAUUAGAGGGUGGGAACCGGCGAAGACAAGACCGCUUACUCUACCACCGAAUUUUGAUCCCGACUAUAUGAAUGAAAGACCUAAAAUGGCUACUGGGUGCCAACUAGUUGACGAUGGAUCCGGUCAAAGAAGUCUUUGGAGAGUAACCCAUAAAGAAGGAAUGAUUCAAGUGGAUGACAAAGGAAUAUACUACGCAGAAGCUUGUUACGUAAUGUGCUACAAAUAUGGACAAGGACGUAGGAGUAGAACAAUCAUUUAUUGUUGGGAAGGAGUCCAUUCUAUAAACGCGGAUCGAGAAGCCGCUUUAGAAGCAGCUUGUCAUUUGUCAGAAGAUACCUCUGGCCAGUUAGUAAAAGCAUCUCAAGGCAGAGAACCACCUCAUUUGUUGCAGAUUUACGAUGGAAAAUUGAAAAUACUAGCUGGAAGGCAUCGCGAUUCUCCUCCGGAAAAGUAUCUCGUUAGAGUUUUCGGAUCUACUCCAUACACGUCGAAAGCAGUUGAACGGCCUUUGAGAUCAUCCAGCAGCCUCGAUUCUAGUGGAGUUUUUAUUCUAUUUUCUAAUUCACCUGUAGUAUGGUGUGGUGGAAGAAGUACUGGUGACGCUAGACAAGCAUCUAGACGACUUGCGCCCAGAAAUGCACCUUUGAUAACUGAAAAUAAUGAAGAUGACGAUUUUUGGAGAGAACUCGGAGGUAAAGGUACUUACGGCACAGAAGUUAUUGACGACGGAGAAGAACUUGAAAAACAUCUAUACCAAUGUUUGACGGACAAUGAAAUGUUUGUUGGCGAAGAAGUUCUUGGAUUUGGACAAAACAGUCUCCUUCCAGAAGCUAUUUGGUUAUUAGAUGCAGGAAAUGUGAUAUGGAUCUGGAUUGGAAAGUCUUCUAUUCCUAAAUCGUUGAAGGAGUGUGUACAUGAUGCAAUGAUAUUUUUAUUCACUCACCCAGCUGGUCGAGAUCGAAACACAACGAUUUCUAUAAUUAAACAGGGAAUGGAACCUUCAACGUUCAUUGGAUUAUUCGAUAAUUGGAAUUACAAUUUACUGAGAGAAUACAAAUCGUUUGAAACAUUUUGCACACUUCUGCAAGAUAAAGAAUUUCUACCGAAAAUACAAACGUUAUCGAAAUCAUUGAGUGACUUCGAUAAUUAUGUAAAGUAUCCUCUUUCUGUCUUAAAAGGUGAUCCGGAAAAUUUACCAUCCGGUGUUGACGUUGUCCGUAAAGAAAUGCAUCUUACUUUCGAUAAUUUCAUUGCGAUUUUUAAAAUGGAACCAGACGAAUUUGUAAAACUUCCUGCUUGGAAAAGACAAAGACUAAAACAAUCGGCGGGACUUUUUUAA